AUGAAGACACAUAUGAAGAUCCAUAGUGGAAUCAAGUCUUAUGAAUGUGUUGAAUGUGGGAAAAAAUUUACACAACAAGGGAAUCUGCAGGCACACAGGAAGAUUCACAGUGGAAUCAAACCUCAUCAGUGCAUUGUGUGUGAGAAAACAUUUACACAAUCUGUUAAUCUGCAGAGACACAUGAGGAUUCACACAGGAAUCAAGCCUUAUGAAUGUGUUGAAUGUGGGAAAAAUUUUUCACAAUCAUGUAUUCUUAAGGUACAUAGGCAGAUUCACAGUGGAGCAAAACAUUACGCAUGUGUUGAAUGUGGGAAAAAAUUCAAACGAUCAGGUAGUCUGCAGAUACACAUGAAGAUUCACAGUGGAAUCAAACCUCAUCAGUGCAUUGUGUGUGAGAAAUCAUUUGCAUACUUAUGUGACCUACAGAUACACAUGAGGAUUCACAGUGGAGUCAAGCCUUAUGAAUGUGUUGAAUGUGGGAAAACAUUUACACAAUCAGGUAAUCUGCAGAAACAUAUGAGGAUUCACAGUGGAAUCAAGCCUUAUGAAUGUGUUGAAUGUGGAAAACAAUUUACACAAUCAGGGAGUCUGGAGACACACAUGAAGAUUCAUAGUGGAAUCAAACCUCAUCAGUGCAUUGUGUGUGAGAAAUCAUUUACAUACUUAUGUGACCUGCAGAAACACAUGAGGAUUCACAGUGGAAUUAAGCCUUAUGAAUGUGUUGAAUGUGGAAAAAAAUUUUCACAAUCAUAUAAUCUUAAGGUACAUAGGCAGAUUCACAGUGGAGGAAAACAUUAUGCAUGUGUUGAAUGUGGGAAACAAUUCACACAGUCAGGUAGCCUGCAGAAACACAUGAAGAUUCACAGUGGAAUCAAACCCCAUCAGUGCAUUGUGUGUGAGAAAUCAUUUACACACUUAUAUGACCUAAAGAAACACAUGAGGAUUCACAGUGGAAUUAAGCCUUAUGAAUGUGUUGAAUGUGGGAAAAAAUUUACACAAUCAGGUAAUCUGCAGAAACAUAUGAGGAUUCACAGUGGAAUCAAGCCUUAUGAAUGUGUUGAAUGUGGAAAACAAUUCACACGGUCAGGUAGCCUGCAGAAACACAUGAAUAUUCACAGUGGAAUGAAACCUCAUCAGUGCAUUGUGUGUGAGAAAUCAUUUACACACUUACAUGGCCUACAGACACACAUGAGGAUUCACAGUGGAAUCAAACCUCAUCAGUGCAUUGUGUGUGAGAAAACAUUUACACAGUCACGUAAUCUGCAGACACACAUGAGAAUUCACACUGGAAUCCAGCCUUAUCAAUGUGUUGAAUGUGGUGAAAAAUUUACACAAUCAUGGAGUCUGCAGACACACAUGAUGAUUCACAGAGGAAUCAAGUCUUAUGAAUGUGGUGAUUGUGGGAAACAAUUUACAGCAUCAUCGUAUCUUCAGAAACAUAUGAAGAUUCACAGUGGAAUCAAACCUUAUCAGUGCUUUGUGUGUGAGAAAUCAUUUACACAGUCACGUAAUCUGCAGACACACAUGAGGAUUCACAGUGGAAUCAAGCCUUAUCAAUGUGUUGAAUGUGGGAAAAAAUUUACAUAUUCAAGUAAUCUGCAGACACACAUGAGGAUUCACAGUGGAAUC